UUGUAGGAAGGACUCAGGGAGACUCAGAAAACGUAGAAAUGGACUUAGUGGCCUUGGAGGAUGUUAAUGUGAAGUUCACCAUGGAGGAGUGGGCUUGCCUGAAUCCGACCCAGAAGAAACUCUACAAAGAUGUGAUGCAGGAAACCUUCAGGAACCUGGCAUCAAUAGCAUGUAUUUUAGAAGAAAAAUGGGAAGACCAUGACAGUGAAGAUCAGUAUGAAAAACAUGGGACAAAUUUUAGCAGUCAUAUGGUAGAGAGACUCUGUAAAAGAAAAAAAAGUAGUCAAUGUAAAGAAUCCUUCAGCCAGAUUGCAAACCAUAAUGAAAAGAAGCAAGCUGCUACUGGAAUAAAACUACCUAAAUCCAGGUUGUGCAGACAAGUCUUCAUGCAUCAUGUAUCCUUUAAUAACCACCUGAGAUCUCUCACUGGACCCAAACUAUACCAGUGUCAGGAAUAUGAAGAGAAGCCUUAUAAAUGUAAGGAAUGUGGGAAAGCUUUCAGGCAGCGCCGAUAUAUUCGAGUGCAUGAAAAGAAACACCAUGCUGAAAAGCCCUAUGCAUGUACAAAAUGUGGUAAAGCCUACAGGUAUUCAAGUAACUUAUGUAGACACGCAGGAACUCAUACUCGAGAGAAACCCUAUGAGUGUCAUACAUGUGGGAAAGCCUGGAGCUCUCUCACCAUAUUUCAAAGACACAUGAUCAAGCACAAUAGUGAUGGACCUUUUAAAUGUAAAGAGUGUGGGAGAGAUUUCAUGUGUCCAAGAAAAUUUCGAAGUCAUGAAAUGACUCACAGGAGAGAAAAGCCCUAUGAUUGUAAGGAAUGUGGUAAAGCCUUCAGUUUACUCAGAUAUCUUAGAAAACAUAAAAGAACUCAUGAUGGGAAGAAACCUCAUGAAUGUAAGGAAUGUGGUAAAGCUUUCCGUUAUCCCACUUUUCUUAGAAAUCAUGAAAAAACUCAUACUGGGGAGAAACCCUAUGAAUGUAAGCAGUGUGGGAAAGCCUUUAGUCGUCCCAGUUACUUUCAAAUUCAUGAAAAAACUCAUAGUGGGAAGAAACCAUACCAAUGUAAGCAAUGUGGAAAAGCUUUCAGUUGUCCCAGGUACUGUCAAAUACAUGAAAGAAUACACAGUGGAGAAAAGCCUUACGAAUGUUUAAAAUGUGGUAAAGCCUUUGGUUACCCAAGUAGUUACCGUAAACAUGUGAAAACACAUUGUAGAGAUAAACCCUGUUAAUGUAAAGAAUGUGGGAGAACCUCAUUUAUCCCUCAG